AUGCCCUCCAUCACUACUUCGCUCGCUACUACAUCUAUGCCAAGUGUUCGCAUACAUAUAAUUGGUCUGGGGAGUAUUGGCACGUUUGCUGCACAUGCUGUAUCUGAAAUUCCGAACGGACCUUCUGUGACUCUCCUCUUACAUCGGAGAUCACUUCUGGAGACCUAUCGCCAGAAUGGAAAUCAAAUAAGAUUCGAAUCCACCGACGGAAAGCAUCUUGUUUCACGCGGAUAUGACUUGGAAACAUUCUACAACGACAAAUGGCAUCUUACAACACCCCAGAUGAAGGAUUCAGCAGUUGUUACAGAUGAGAUCCAGCAUCUAAUUGUUUGCGCUAAAGCAACGCAGACUGUAUCUGCCCUGCGCCCACUGGUCCCCCGCCUAAGCCGUGCUUCCAAUAUUCUCUUCCUCCAAAAUGGCGCCGGGAUGAUCGAGGAGGUCAACAAGUAUCUAUUCCCAGAUCCUAUGUUUAGACCAAACUAUUUGAUUGGCGUCAUUUCCCACGGAGUCACGCUCAAUUCUCCGUUCAACAUCACCCACACCGGGUUUUCGGCGACUUCAAUAGGGCCCGUCCCAUCCAAUGCCUCAGUCCUCAACAGAAUACCAGAUGCACAGCCUGACUACCUUUGCCAAACUUUACCCAACUCCCCAAUCCUGAAUUUGAAACCAUAUUCCUACUCUGGUAUUCUCCAAAUUCAACUCGAGAAACUGGCUGUCAAUGCUUUCUGCAACCCAAUUUGUGCCUUGAACAACGCUCAGAACAAAUUCUUGUUUAGUGUACCGGAAAUACGCCGGGCGAUUUUAACUGAGAUCUCGGAGGUUGUUCUCUCCCUACCAGAGUUGAAGGACGUACCAGGCUUGAAAGAAAGGUUCUCGGUGGAACGUCUAGAGCAGACGGUUCAUGCAAUCAUUGAAAAGACGGCCAAUGCCACUUGCUCCAUGGUCUGGGAUCUCAGAUCAGGACGAGAGACUGAAAUUAAUUUUAUCAACGGGAGCUGGAGUCGGAUGGGUCGGACGCUUGGUGUUAGGACACCAGUCAAUGAUGAGCUUGUUGAAAAGGUUUUGGAGAGGUGGGGCUCAAGUAGAAGAUGUGAACAAUCCAACUAG